AAAUUGCAAAAUCGAGAACCGAUCUUCAUGUAGAUUCAAACCUUCUCUUUCGAUUUCGAUUUCGAUUUCAUCGACCUUGAAUCCCCUCAAUCACGGUCCUCCGAGCUAAACCUAGAAAUGUCUUCAGGAGGUGGAGCUUCGAAGACGACGAAGCACAGGCGGACCAAGCCGAUGGUGGUUCCUCAACACGCGCGAUCGGCUGCUCUCCUCUCUCCGUCAAACCCGUUUGCGUCGGAGGAGGAAGAUCAUCCUCCCAUGUUGAAGGUUAGCUUGAGCUCAAUUUCGAAGCUUGAAGUCAGGAGCUUGAAGCGGAGACUAACAGCUGAGCUAGACGAAGUUCGGAGCUUGAUCGCACAGUUCGAUCCCCAAGGCGGAAACUUUACAACCGGGUCCAUGGGUAAAGGGGGAAACAAGAAGCUGAAAACUGGGAAUGGAGUUAAGAGAGGUGAUAAAGGUACGGUUCAGAUUUUCAAGAAAUGUCUCAAUUUGCUGACGAAGUUGAUGAAGCAUAAGGAUGGAUGGGUGUUCAAUGUGCCCGUUGAUGCCAAAGGGUUUGGUUUGCAUGAUUACCACACCAUUGUUAAAGAGCCUAUGGAUUUGGGUACAGUGAAGGCUAAGUUAGGGGAAGGUUUGUAUGAGUCGCCGUUGGAGUUUGCUGAAGAUGUUAGACUUACUUUCAACAAUGCCAUCUUGUAUAAUCCUGUUGGGCAUGAGGUGCAUAGUAUGGCUAAGUUUCUGUUGAGCAUGUUUGAGGAGAAAUGGGCUCCUAUUGAAGUGCAGUAUCAUAAUCUUCACAGGGAGAUCAAAC